AUGGCAGGUUUACGGUCAUUUGAUGCAUUUCCCAAAACUGACGAGACCCAUGUAAAGAAAUCGUCAAACGGUGGUUUAAGUUCAAUUUUCACGUACCUAUUUCUCUUAUUCAUAGCCUGGACUGAAUUCGGUAGUUAUUUUGGUGGUUAUGUUGAUGAACAUUAUGAAGUUGAUGAUCAAUUGAGGGAAACAUUCCAAAUCAAUAUGGAUUUGUAUGUGAAAACACCAUGUCAGUACUUGGAUAUCAACGUUAGGGAUACGACUAUGGAUCGUAAGUUUGUGUCAAAGGAGUUAAAUUUGGAAGAUAUGCCAUUUUUCAUCCCAUAUGGUUCUAGAGUUAACGAUAUGAACGAAAUCGUAACUCCAGAUUUGGAUAACGUUUUGAGCAAUGCUAUACCAGCCCAAUUCAGAGAGAAGAUCGAUACUAAUAAUAUGUUUGACGAAGAGGAAAGGGAUGCUUUCAAUAGUUGUCAUAUCUUUGGAUCAGUACAAGUGAAUAGGGUUGCAGGUGAAUUGCAAAUAACUGCUAAAGGGCAUGGUUAUUCCAGCUUUAUGAGAGCACCACCGGAAGAGAUUGAUUUCUCACAUGUCAUAAAUGAACUCUCGUACGGUGAAUUUUAUCCUUAUAUCGAUAAUCCAUUGGAUUCAACUGCCAAAUUUGUCCCUGAUGCUCCUAGAACCACAUUCGUCUAUGAUACUGCAAUCGUACCAACGAUUUAUGAGAAAUUGGGAGCUAAGAUUGAUACGAAUCAAUAUGCAGUGAGUGAAUAUCAUAUCAAUCCUGAAGCCCAACAGGGUAAAGGGCCAAUUAGGUUCCCAGGUAUCUUUUUGAGGUACGAUUUUGAACCGCUGUCCAUUCACAUCAGUGAUGUACGUCUUUCAUUCAUACAGUUUGUCGUUAGGCUAGUGGCAAUCCUGUCGUUUGUCAUCUAUACGGCAUCUUGGGCCUUCAGAUUGAUAGACUUAGUUCUAUUGACUUGCUUGGGACCUCGUUGGUCUCUUCUUUACCAGUCAGAUUCCAAAUCUCAGGGUAUAUUAGACAAGGAUCCGUCCUCAAAAUGA